AUGGGAAACUGUUGUGUGGCAGCGUCGUCAAUGGAGUGGGACGGCGAGGACUGGAGUGAUUUGAAGACGAAGAAGGUGUUUGAUGAAUCACAUGUUAAUCAUGGAUUGGGUUUGGGGAAAGUGCAGAAGGAGAAGCUUAUGGGAGCGGUAAGAGCUUCUCCCGAUGGCAAUGGGAAGGUGAAGAUGGUGAUUUCAAAGAAAGAGCUGGCUCAACUGUUGGGGAAGCCACACCAGAUUGGUAAGAAAACCAAUUCUGCAGAAGCAGUUCUGCUCAGCUUAAUAAAAGCAAGAUAUCAGCAUUCUCGUCACGACUUGUGGAGACCCGUCUUAGAGACUAUUCCUGAGGUUUCUUGA